AUGACUCUAGCCCCGACCGGGACAGAUUCAGGGACCAUCCAACCAGAAACCAACCUAUCAGGUGGCGAUACGGGCCAAGGAGCUAGCCAAUCACAGAAUGCUCUUGAAGUUGCCUUCAGUAUAAUCGCGAGCUGUGCUUUUGUGUUCAACCUUGCCUUCUGUGUAGUGCUCUUAAAGAAACGUGCCAUGCUAAAAAAGCCACAUAAUUCUCUUCUGUUUAACUUGGCCUUGACUGAUUUACUUACAGGUACAGUAUGCUUUGAUUUAAAUGCACUUUUGUCUUACCCAAGGAUGGUAUGGUAGAUCGGUAUAUAUCUUUAGAGAACAUAUGUCAAGCAUUGAAUUAGUUUAGUUUACAGCUUUGAGAUUUGAUUGCAAUAGCCAAUACCCACCUUACUUCGAUGAAUAAUAGUUAGAUAUCCGAUGAAUAGCGCUAUCCAUCGUUUGAAACACCAGGCCCAGAUAAAUCACUGUUCAAAGGAGGCAAUUGUUUUCCUUAUACUUAUCCGCCGUGAUUUAUAUCUAGUAGAUAUCCCUGUCCAGCGUUUGAACAACCCUGAAUUAAUUUCUUUCUUGACAGGCGCCUUCCUGAUUUUAACACCCGGUUACGUCUCGGAUAAACCCUUGUUUCCAAUAGCCGACGGGUUUGGUGGUCAGCUGUUUUGCGCGCUGCUGGGAAAUAGGUACCUCCUCUUUCUGGUGGCCAAAGAAUCUGUUUUCCUGGUCACAUGUCUUGCCGUGGAACGCUGGUACUGUGUGAUGAGACCAAUGGAGUACAAAAAACACUUUGGAAGAAAAAGACUCUUAAUUUACAUAGUGGUUUCUUGGAUCGCUAGCUGCGCUUUGCAAAGUCACAAAUUUCUUGAGCAAAAACUCAGUGGAAAUAAAUGCGUUCCUGUUGAUGUUCCCUAUGGUAGAGAAGGUGCACAAGCAUUCAUUUCCAUCAAAAGUGUCAGCACUUUUGUGAUCCCUUGUUUCGUCACGUGGCUUACCUUUGCUCAUAUAAAGUUUCGUGCACCUGUUUAUCUGAAUGACAAAUCAUCGCACAGUGAGCGCCGGGAAAGACAGCAAAAGCUCGUACUGCGCAUGUGCGCUUUCACAGCUUUUGUGGUCACAUUGUGUUGGCUUCCCGCCCAAUUGAGUUACACUUUAACUCCGUUUGGUAUCACUCGCGUUAGCAGUCCGUUCCACAAAGCGUUCAAUGUUGUUUCGCUCGUUAACUCGUGUAUAAAUCCUUUUAUAUACUGGUAUUAUCACAGGGAGUACAGAGAAGAAUUCAUCCGGCUUUUCUGUUUCUGCAAACUCGCCAAGAAAGUUGUUAUCGGUAAACAACAAGACGUGAGCCCCUCAAGUAGCAAGUCUUGA